UCAUCAGUCCCACUAACAUCAACAGCAACCCCAGUAGCACAGUCCUCACUAUCAGCAACCUCUUCAUCAUCUUCCUUAUCCUUACCAUCAUCAGCAAACUCACAGCCUCCAUCAUCAUCCCUAUCUUCAUCACCAACAUUAACAUCAUUAUCAUCAUCAACAACGUCUUCAAUACAAUCUUCCACACCCUCCUCAUCAUAUUCACCAUCCUCAGGACCAUCUUCAUCAGUCCCACUAUUGUCAUCAUUAUCUUCUUCUUCAACACCAACAUCAACAUUAUUAUCAUCAACAACAUCUUCAAUACUAUCAACAACACCAUCUUCAUCAUCUUCAACAUCAUCAGCAGCACCAUCUUCAUCAGUCACAAUACAGUCAUCAUCAUCAUCUUCUUCUUCAACACUAUUAUCUACACCAUCAUCUUUACCAUCUUCAUCACUAACAUUAACAUCAUCAUCAACAUCUUCAAUACUAUCAUCUCCAGCAUCUUCAUCAUCUUCGGCAUUCAUAGCACCAUCUUCAUCAGUCCCAAUAACAUCAUCAUCAACCCCACCAGCACAGCCCUCACUAUCAGCAACCUUCACAUCUUCUUCCUCAUCCUUACCAUCAUCUGCAAACUCACAGACCAUCUUCACCAGUCCCACUAUUGUCAACAUCAUCAACACUUUCUUCUUCUUCUUUACCACCAUCAACUUCACCAUCAUCUUCAUAUUCACCACCAAAGUUAACGACAUCAUCAUCAACAUCUUCAAUACUAUCAUCUCCACCAUCUUCAUCAUCUUCAUCAUCCAUAGCACCAUCUUCAUUAGUCCCACUAUUGUCAUCAUCAACAUCAUCAUCAACACUAUCAUUUUCAUCAUUCCCAGUAUCAUCAACCCCAGCAGCACAGCUCGUAAUAUCAGUAACCUCUACAUCAUCUUCCUUGUCCUUACCAUCAUCAGCAAACUCACAGCCUUCUUCACCAACAUCAUCAUCAUUAUCAACAUCUUCAACGCUACCAUCUACACCAUUCUCAGUCCAAUUUUCGACAGUCCCACUGUUAUCAUCAUCACCAUCUUUAUCACCAAAAUUAACAUCACUGUUAUCAUCUUCACCAUUCUCAGCAUCAUCUUCACCUGUCCCACUAUCUUCCACAUCAUCGCCAUUAAUACUAUCAUCUACACCAUCAUCUCUAUCAUCAAAACCAUCUUCAAUACCAUCAUUUACACUGUCCUCAUUAUCUCUAUCAACACCAUCUUCAUCAGCAUCAACAACAUCAUCAUCAACACUAUCUUCUGUGCCAUCAUUUACACUGUCCUCAUCAUCUCUAUCAUCAUCAACAUCAUCCUCAUCUUCACCAUCAUCACCAUUCAUAGCACUAUCUUCAUCAGUCCAACUAACAUCAUCAACCCCACCAGCACAGCCCUCACUAUCAGCAACCUCUACAUCAUCUUCCUCAUCCUUACCAUCAUCAGCAAACACACAGCCUUCACCGCCAUCUUUAGGACUAUCUACAUCACUCCCACUACCACUAUUAACAACAUCAUUCAUCAACAAACAUCUUACUAA